AUGCAUGCGACAAAGACUAAUAAUACCCCACGCUCGAGCACAAUUUUUAAGUUUUCUGAAAUAGGAGUGGAAGAGGUCACUGCUGGGUUGCGUAAUCUUAAAAUAUCAAAAGCAACUGGCAUCGAUAUGAUACCUUCUCGUGCUCUCAAGAUAGCUGCAGAUAUUAUUGCACCAUCAAUAACUUGGAUUUUUAAUCUGUCUUUAAAAACCGGAAUUUUUGUUGUCGCAUGGAAAAAGGCUUGCGUAUUACCAAUUUACAAAUCCGGCGAUAGACGAUUAUGCGAAAACUAUCGGCCAAUUUCAAUCUUACCUGUCAUAAGUAAGAUACUAGAGAG